GCGGCCCUGCCCUGACACCUCAUAACCUAAAAAUGUGCGUUUAUUUUGGUUUUUCAAAAUGUCAGAUGAGGUGAUUUUUUCCCUGUUUUAUUUAAUUUUGAGUUUCUGCAUCGUCUACCCGCCCGUCGAGUUCGUUUCUGCCGGUUUCACCAUCCCUUCUCUCUUCAGCCGAGUGCUGGGAUCAGAAGACGAAAAUUUCGUAAGUUACCAUAUAAAACGCACAAUCGUAACUCUGGGAGUGUAUUCGAUCCUCCCACUGGGGUACAUCAUCGCUCUCUUCGCCUCCGAGCUUUUCGAAAAUGUUAGUACAUUAAUAGUUUCCGGGUCUCUAUUUUGGAAAAUCUUCUUCACGACCAGUUUAGCCUUGCCGGUUUUAGCGCUCUACCAGAUCAGGAAUUGGAUGAUCGACGAUUUUAAGUAUCAUCCAAUAGCGAUAAACUUGGGGAAAUUCUGUAAUAACAACAACAGGGAUUGGAAGAGCGUUGCCUCUGACAUAAACGCGGAAUUUAGACGCAUCGAUAAAAUUUGCGUGAGGACGAAUUCGUUGAUCAAAGUCAUAGCGACGGAAAACUGGAUUUUGAAAGUGACCCCGUUCACGGUGUUAACGGCCCAUCAAAGUGACGCGAGUUUGGUGGUGCAGAAAGCAGACACGCACCAAAUUUCGUUGCAGACCACCAGCGAGACGCAGUAUUUGAGUAUAGAGGUAAAAUCGGGGCGGCAGAAUGUCGACAGUUUCGUUAUCCGGAUCAACGCUUCCGAUUUUAAAGAUCUGGAGGAUCGAAUCGCCAGAGAUAUCACUAUUCCUGCGAACGUUAAGUUUCACAAGACCGUCAUGGAACAGUUCGUGGAGGUGUUUAAAGCGACGAUAAAAUCGAACGCCCGAUACGAGACUACAGAGGAGUUGGAUCAAUGCAUUGGGUGUAUGCAGACAAGACCGAACGUGAAGCUGCAGAAAUUGUGUGGGGACGCAAGCGGAAGGAAUGAUAGCUGUAUGACUUGUUAUUGUAAGCCCAUGUGGUGUGCAGAUUGUAUGGCGAAAUGGUUUGCGUCAAGACAGGAAAGCGACCAACAAAGUACUUGGUUGUCCUCCAAGUGCACUUGUCCAAUGUGUAGAUCUAGGUUUUGUAUUUUAGAUGUGUCACUCUUAGAUAAUACAGAUGCAGAAGAAUAAACACUUACAUUCUAGGAAACCAUUUAAAAUAUCACCCGUCAUCUAAAACUGGCCAGCUGAUUAUGUUUUAAUUGAAUUUUAAAUUGUUCUUCUCGUGAUUAGAUUCAAAUCUCAAGUUGUAAUUGUAUUGUUUUAUUGAAAUGAAUAUAUCUUUUGGAAUAA